UGCCGUUGUCAAAGUUACAACGUAUUUCGAAAAAAUAAUAAAAAAAAAAAAACACAGUUAAAUUUUUCUGUGAUUUUAACAUUUUUUUUUUGUUUUAAUUUUUAUUUUUUUUUUUAUGAAAUUCUUAAUAAUAUAAACGUGAUAUUUUAAUUUUCAUUGUAAAUAUUUAGAUAUUUAAUUUCUUCGGAUCAAUCGCGUUAAAUAAUAAUUUAGAAAUUUUGCAAUAUCUUUUUCGAAAACACAUGAUAUUUUAUUUUAAAUAAUAUAAAAAGUUUAUGUAACGUAGAUCAAUAAGAAAAAGGCAAUUAAAAGACUUUUUAGAAUGCCAAAAAAUUAAUUAUGACAAAACCUGCGUAAUAAACAUUUGAAAUUCAUGAACUUAAACAGAAAUAAAAAAAAAGCAAACCAAAAUUUUAAAUUCAAUUUUUUCAUCGGUAUUUAAAAUUAAAAGCAAUAAUAAUGAGUGCAUCACUUGAUGAAAAUAAUAGGGAUACAUUACAAAAUAAUUCAAUUGUAUCAAAUAUAAAUUUAAACGCGAACAAUAUAGACAAUAAUGUUACUAUUGAUCAUCCUUUAAGCAAUAUCCAAAUUGGAAAAUUAGACAAUACAAUUGAUAAAAUUGAUGAUGAUAUGACGGAAAUUAAUUUAAAAUUGGAAGAUGAUCAAAAUGGAAAUAAAUUGAAUGCAAAUAUUACCUUGGAAGUUAAUGACAAUGCUAACAGUACAUCAUUAACAGUACAUUAUCCAAAUAAAUUAACGGAUAAAUCUAAAUGGGUUAAAUUUGAUGAAGAAAAUAAUGAAAAUAAUGUUAAUGAAAAUUCAAAUACAACUCUAUAUAAUAUUAAUAAUAGUAAUAAUAUUAUAAAUAAUAAUUCACCUGCAACACAAAUACAAAAAUUGGAGGCGAAAACACAAACAUCACCGCUUAAUAUAAGUACCCCAAAGUCACAAUCACAAAAAGCUUUAAAACAAUUGACACAGGUUGGAUCCGUUACAUCAACUGCUCCUUCCUCUUCAGGCGUCGCAGUACUAACAACGGAAAGUACUCAUGUUAAUAUAGAUAGAAUAAAUACUUCAAAUAUAAAUUCACAUAAUAAUAAUGAUGGCAAUAGAAACAAUACCGUAAAUUCGAAUAAUACACCAAAGAAUGUUUCAAUUUCCAUGCCUACAUCGUCACCAAUUCGAACUGUUGAGUUAUCAACUGGAAGAAUACGGGAAGGUUUUGCCAAUGGUGAUGUGAUUGUUAAUUUGUUACCAACUAAUACAAAAUGGCCAUGGAUAACCCCUGCUGUAUUUCGGCCAGAAUUAGUUCCAGAAGAACUUAUGGCACAAGGAUUAACGCUUACCGUCGAAGAAUAUGUGUCAGCUAUGGAAUCUUUAGUCAAUGAUUAUCGUUUCACUCUAUAUAAUAUUUGUUAUAAGAGAGUUCUAGUCUGUUGGAUUACAUUUGCUUUUUGUGUUCUAUUAGUACUUUUAUUUUCUGGUCUACAAGGUAUCGCAUUAUUUGCAUUAGGAGUGGCUUGGUUAUUUUUAAAUGCAGCCGCAAUAUUUGCAUGUAUGUGGAUGAAGUUACGUUUAUCACGUGGGCUGGAAAAAUGUUUGGGCAGAGUUAAUAAACAAUUAUUGAGACAUAAGAUUUUGUUGGUUUUAGAUGAUCGUGGACGGAUAUCGUGUCACAAAGUUAAUUUAUGCUUUAUGUAUUUUGAUCCAGCCCAAUGUAUCGCAUAUUUAAAUGAAUUUAUUGAAAGACAAGAACAGCUCGGUAAUAGUAUACAAGCUGGUUGGGAAAAAAAACUUGAUUUAGAUUUAAAUGAUAUUGUUAUACAAGGUAGCAAUCCAGUACGAUUAUCAAGAAAACAGGCUGUCGCACAGAAAAUAUUUUUGACUUAUUUACAAAGAUGGGGUAAAGAUUUUUUAAGACGCCGUUUGGACUGGACAUGUAAUGAAGCUGGUGUUCAUGAACAACCAAGACAUUUGAUGUCAUCGGUUUGCCCCUGUCAAUAUGAAGAAGAAAUACUACAUAACAAAAUAAAACUAGAACAAGAAAAAGCUCAAUGCUGUUGUGGUUUACACAAUCCUUUUAAACAUUUAUAAUUAAAAUAAUAUUAAUGUUAAAAUAUUAUGUUUGUUUUUAAAAUAAUUGAUGUAGUUACUUUAUAUUUCUUUUAUUUAAAAUUUUUAUGUUUUCUAUACUAAUUUGAUCUUGCAAUUGUGUUUGUUAAAUUAAAAAAAAAAUUAAAUUAAAAUUUGUAAAUGUAAACUUUGUUAAAUAUUUAAUAAAAAUAUAUAUGUACACUAUAUACUGUAGUAGACAAAGACCAAUGGGUACCAAUUGUAUAAUCAGUGCAGAAAGUGACCAAUUACACUCUUUGAUUCUAUAUAGUUUACUUUCAAUGAUUUAUUAAAAUCAUUUUCUGAUCUAAUUAAUAUCCGUUCCGGAAUUAUGCUUGCAUUUGUUUAUAACUUUAUUAUUAAUUUUUGAAAUAGUUUUAAAUAGUUGAAAACCUUAAAUAAUAAAUUUUAAAAUUAAACUAAAGCAAUAAAAUUAACUAGCCAUUAUUUUAAAUGCUAAAUAAAUAAUAUAGAGCUAUUUUGAUGAAGAACUAAUUUAAUAUUUAAUAUUAAUAGUCUCCUUUAUUUCAC